AUGAGCAAGCAGGACGAGGUGAAUCGUACAAAUGGGGAUAAGAGCUCACCCUCUCUCAAUGCAGGCAUUCAUGUCCGAAACAGGGAACACCAGCUGCCUGCCAAACCCACAUCCAACACCCCUUUACAAACCGAUAACAGAACCAUUAACUCCAGACCUCAUCAAUAUUCCGGGUUUUUACUCAUUUGGAAGCGAGUCCUCUAUCACAGUGUCGGUCAGUGUAAGGAGGUGGACAAUGUUGCAAGGACAAGGCAGGCCCCAAUGUCUCCUUCGGAUUUUCUGGACAAAUUGAUGGGCAGGACGUCAGGAUAUGAUGCCAGGAUACGACCGAACUUCAAAGGUCCUCCGGUCAACGUUUCCUGUAACAUUUUCAUCAACAGCUUUGGUUCCAUUGCUGAAACCACCAUGGACUACCGUGUAAAUAUCUUCCUCCGUCAGCAGUGGAACGACCCAAGACUCGCCUAUGCUGAAUACCCAGAUGAUUCUUUGGACUUGGACCCCUCAAUGUUAGACUCCAUAUGGAAACCAGACCUGUUCUUUGCCAAUGAGAAGGGGGCCCACUUUCACGAAGUCACUACAGAUAACAAACUGCUCAGGAUAUUUAAGAAUGGGAAUGUUUUGUACUCUAUAAGAUUAACAUUAACUCUCUCAUGUCCCAUGGAUCUUAAAAACUUCCCUAUGGAUGUUCAGACCUGCAUCAUGCAGCUGGAGAGCUUUGGCUACACCAUGAAUGACCUGAUCUUUGAGUGGCAAGAAAAUGGAUCAGUCCAAGUGGCCGAAGGCCUCACGCUGCCACAGUUUAUCCUAAAAGAUGAAUCAGAUCUCAGAUACUGCACCAAGCACUACAACACAGGUAAAUUUACUUGUAUUGAAGUGCGGUUCCACCUGGAGCGUCAGAUGGGCUACUACCUGAUCCAGAUGUACAUCCCUUCUCUGCUCAUUGUCAUUCUGUCCUGGGUCUCCUUCUGGAUCAACAUGGAUGCUGCCCCAGCCAGAGUGGCACUGGGCAUCACCACUGUCCUCACAAUGACAACACAGAGUUCAGGUUCCCGCACUUCACUGCCUAAGGUCUCUUACGUCAAGGCCAUAGACAUCUGGAUGGCAGUGUGUCUUCUCUUCGUCUUCUCUGCACUGUUGGAGUAUGCUGCCGUCAACUUUGUGUCGAGGCAACAUAAAGACCUGCUGCGUUUCAGACGGCAUCCCAAGAGCAAAAGCAAGAUCAGUGGAGGUGCUGUUGAUCCAGAGGAGCUAGCUUGUUCCCUCCGCCGUGUUAAUGUUGACAACGGCCUCAACCCAACAGACCCUCCUUACGGAUCUAUGACCAACAUCUACACCAGCAACCACAGGGAAGGAGAAGUACAUGAGAACAGACAGACCUCAACAGCUGCUGUAGCCUCCACUCCAAGCAACAGCAAGGACAUGAAGGGCAGCGCCAACAAUACCGUUACUGUUGUGAACACCCCAGGAGCCACAGCAAACACUACCCAGAAACCAUCUGGGGUGGCAGCAGCAGCAGGUGGAGGGGUUAAAAGCGUGGAAGAAAUGAGGAAGUUAUUUAUUGAGAGAGCCAAAAAGAUUGACACUGUUUCGAGGGCCGGCUUCCCUCUUGCCUUCCUCUUCUUUAAUAUAUUCUACUGGGUUCUUUAUAAAAUACUUCGACGUGAAGAUGUACAUAUGUGA